CUUGGAGAUAGAUAGAAGCCAGAGCCUGACGCUGCUGAAAAGGCAACGGACGGCAGGGUUUUUUAUUGCCUUAUUGAAAGAACGUAAGGGAAAUUCUCCUUUGACCAACACAUGCCUCGAGAGCUGUUGUUACAUGCGAAAAGGAAAAAAAAUCUGUGCAGCUGGAGCUGAAGUGGGGUAAUGGUCACGGGUGGAUCCCUUCAGUGACUGGAAAGGAGUUCGUCAAUAGGCAUCAUUCAUUAAGAUAAAGAUGGCAUUGUUUUAAAAAGCAUUCAGCACCAAAUCUCCUAAAUCGAACCUUGGGAUCAUCUUAAUUUGGGGCCUUGUGCAAGAAAAGAGGAGCUGUGAGGCUUUGCGCAGCGAAUAGAUUCCGAGUCGUUUGACAGCUUCUGGAUAUCAGCUCCGCUGGGAAAGAGGCAAAGAAUCUUCUGGUCUGUUGCAUGUCAGGCAGUCCAUGAUCUGAUGAGAGGAUCAGACAUGGGAAGAGAGGAUUGCUUCCUUUGAAAGCUGAAGGAGGCCCCUGGGAGAAUACAGCUGAUGGGUAACAGGAGUUCUACAUGCACUGGGAUAGUGAUUCCAGAUAUACUGGGAUAUUGAACAAAUUUUACUGUGUUUGUGGAUCCACUUGGAAAUUGCCUAGGUGGUUUGCUGGCCUUCCUGCAUUUGUGUAUUUCCCACCCCACCCCCAUCUCCUUUCCAUAUUGGUGCCAUGGGAUUUUAAUGGUAACGUUUCUGCUGACUCACUCAUUUCUUAGAAGCCAAACAGAUGACUGAAGCAAAUUUACUGGUGCCUUCUAUUUUUUGAAGACCUUUUGCAGCAUCAGCAAGGCUGUUUACUUGCUGGUGUUUGGACCGUAAUCUUUCUUUCUUCCUUUCUAUCUUUUUGUAUCUUGGGUAUACCCCACGUGAGCCUUUCCCAGUGGGGUGGUGGUGGUGGUUACAACAUUCCUCCGCAGUGCACUAGGAAAACAAGAGUUAACCAUAUAGUGUGAGUGGUGACUCAAAAGAUUUUACCCUGUCUGCUCCAACCCCCCCACCACCACUCCCCCCUCCUCCUUCCCCUUUCCCCCACCCCACCCCACGAAGAAUGGGGCCUGUGCUCCUCAGGCGAGGAGGGUGUCUCCUGCUCUGGAUGGCACUGCUCCUGGGAUGCUGGGCUGAGCUUGGUAGUGGCCUCGAAUUUCCAGGAGCGGAAGGCCAGUGGACUCGCUUCCCUAAGUGGAAUGCUUGCUGUGAGAGUGAGAUGAGCUUCAACAUGAAGACCCGCAGCUCCAGUGGCCUAGUCCUUUAUUUUGAUGACGAAGGUUUCUGUGACUUUUUGGAGCUGAUCUUGACCCAAGGUGGGCGCUUGCAGCUCAGCUUCUCUAUCUUCUGCGCUGAACCUGCCACCUUGCUCUCUGACAUGGCUGUCAAUGACAACCUAUGGCACACAGUGGUCAUCCGCCGCAAUUUUAAAAACACGACGCUUUUAAUUGACCAGGCUGAGGCUAAGUGGGUGGAAGUGAAAUCCAAGCGGCGGGACAUGACAGUCUUUAGUGGCCUCUUUCUAGGAGGCCUGCCGCCUGAGCUACGCUUGUCCACUCUAAAAGUAACACUCUCUUCAGUGAAGGAUCGAGAGCCCUUCAAAGGAUGGAUAACAGAUGUAAGGGUCAACUAUACACAGUCCUCACCUGUGGAGAGUCAAGAAGUGCGGCUAGAUGACGAACAGAGUCACUUGUGUGCCAGGGAUGACGUUUGUCUCAAUGGCGGCGUCUGUUCUGUGCUCAACGACCAGGCUGUCUGUGAUUGCUCCCAAACGGGCUUUCGUGGGAAGGACUGCAGCGAAGAAGACAACUAUGUGGAAGGUCUGGCGCACCUGAUGAUGGGCGACCAAGGUAAAAGUAAAGGAAAAGAAGAAUACAUCGCAACAUUCAAAGGAUCAGAGUAUUUCUGCUAUGACUUGUCCCAGAAUCCUAUUCAGAGCAGCAGUGACGAAAUAACACUUUCAUUUAAAACUCUUCAGAGGAAUGGACUAAUGCUUCACACUGGAAAAUCAGCUGAUUAUGUCAACCUUGCCCUGAAAAAUGGAGCUGUCUCCUUGGUUAUUAAUUUGGGCUCAGGGGCCUUUGAAGCGCUGGUGGAACCUGUGAAUGGGAAAUUUAAUGACAAUGCCUGGCAUGAUGUCAAAGUAACCAGGAAUCUGCGUCAGCACUCAGGCAUUGGACACGCUAUGGUAAACAAACUACAUUGUUCGGUGACAAUAUCAGUGGAUGGAAUUCUGACCACGACGGGCUACACACAAGAAGACUACACCAUGUUGGGCUCCGAUGACUUUUUCUAUGUUGGAGGCAGUCCUAGCACAGCAGACUUGCCAGGGUCACCAGUCAGUAACAACUUUAUGGGCUGUCUUAAAGAGGUUGUAUAUAAAAAUAAUGAUGUGAGGCUGGAACUAUCUCGGCUUGCCAAGCAAGGAGAUCCUAAAAUGAAGAUCCAUGGAAUUGUAGCGUUUAAGUGUGAGGAUGUAGCAACCUUGGAUCCAAUCACUUUCGAAACACCAGAGUCUUUUAUCUCUUUGCCAAAGUGGAAUGCCAAGAAAACAGGUUCAAUAUCUUUUGACUUCCGCACUACUGAGCCAAACGGGCUGAUCCUUUUCAGCCAUGGUAAACCACGACAUCAAAAAGAUGCCAAACAUCCACAAAUGGUCAAGGUUGACUUUUUUGCUAUUGAGAUGCUUGAUGGCCACCUCUACCUGCUGUUGGACAUGGGAUCUGGUACAAUCAAAAUAAAAGCUUUGCAGAAGAAGGUGAAUGAUGGAGAAUGGUACCAUGUUGACUUUCAAAGGGAUGGAAGAUCUGGUACUAUUUCUGUCAAUACAAUGCGUUCUCCAUACACUGCACCAGGAGAGAGUGAGAUCUUGGACCUAGACGAUGACUUAUACCUUGGUGGUUUGCCAGAAAACAAAGCAGGGUUGGUCUUUCCAACAGAGGUUUGGACAGCACUACUCAAUUAUGGCUAUGUGGGCUGCAUUCGGGAUCUAUUUAUUGAUGGCCAAAGCAAAGACAUUCGGCAAAUGGCAGAGAUCCAGAGCACUUCCGGGGUGAAGCCUUCGUGUUCAAGAGAAACAGCAAAGCCGUGUUUGAGCAACCCUUGUAAAAAUAAUGGUGUGUGUAGGGAUGGCUGGAACAGAUAUGUCUGUGAUUGUUCUGGUACAGGCUAUCUGGGCAGGUCAUGUGAGAGAGAGGCAACGGUUCUAAGCUAUGAUGGAAGCAUGUUUAUGAAAAUACAGCUCCCUGUGGUGAUGCACACUGAAGCGGAAGACGUGUCAUUACGGUUCAGGUCUCAGCGGGCUUAUGGUAUUUUAAUGGCCACGACUUCUAGGGAAUCUGCUGACACGCUGCGUUUAGAGCUGGAUGCAGGACGAGUUAAGCUAACAGUCAACCUAGACUGUAUCAGGAUUAACUGUAAUUCCAGCAAAGGUCCAGAAACCCUUUUUGCUGGCUAUAACCUCAAUGACAAUGAGUGGCACACAGUACGUGUGGUUCGGCGAGGAAAAAGCUUAAAGUUAAUGGUGGAUGACCAACAAGCCAUGACAGGUCAAAUGGCUGGGGAUCACACAAGACUGGAAUUUCAUAACAUAGAGACGGGAAUCAUAACAGAACGCCGUUAUUUGUCCUCGGUCCCUUCCAACUUCAUCGGCCAUCUGCAAAGUCUCACCUUUAAUGGCAUGGCAUACAUUGACUUGUGUAAAAAUGGGGACAUUGAUUACUGUGAACUAAAUGCCCGGUUUGGCUUCAGGAACAUCAUAGCUGAUCCAGUCACCUUUAAGACGAAAGCCAGCUACAUCGCUCUUGCCACAUUGCAAGCCUACACCUCUAUGCACCUGUUCUUCCAGUUCAAAACAACAUCAUUUGAUGGGUUAAUACUCUACAACAGUGGGGAUGGAAACGACUUUAUCGUGGUUGAGUUAGUAAAAGGGUAUUUACACUAUGUGUUUGAUCUGGGCAAUGGUGCCAAUCUGAUCAAGGGAAGUUCCAAUAAGCCUCUGAAUGACAACCAGUGGCACAAUGUGAUGAUAUCACGAGAUACCAACAACCUCCAUACAGUGAAGAUUGACACAAAAAUCACAACACAGAGCACAGCGGGAGCAAGAAACUUAGAUCUGAAAAGUGACUUGUACAUUGGAGGAGUAGCAAAAGAAACCUACAAAUCCUUGCCGAAGCUCGUCCACGCAAAAGAGGGGUUUCAGGGCUGCCUUGCCUCUGUGGACCUGAAUGGGCGCCUUCCAGACCUGAUCUCGGAUGCUCUAUUUUGCAACGGGCAGAUUGAACGAGGAUGUGAAGUUGCAUUGAUGAAAGCUGAUUUGCAAGGGCCCAGCACGACAUGCCAAGAGGACUCGUGUGCAAACCAAGGCGUCUGCUUGCAGCAGUGGGACGGUUUCAGCUGUGACUGUAGUAUGACCUCCUUCAGUGGAACUUUGUGCAAUGACCCGGGAACAACGUACAUAUUUAGCAAAGGUGGUGGACAGAUCACAUACACAUGGCCUCCCAACGAUCGGCCCAGCACACGUGCAGAUAGACUGGCAAUAGGGUUUAGCACAGUUCAAAAAGAAGCCGUCUUGGUGCGAGUGGAUAGCUCUGCUGGGCUCGGUGAUUAUUUAGAGCUGCAUAUUCACCAAGGAAAAAUUGGAGUUAAAUUUAAUGUUGGAACAGACGAUAUCGCAAUUGAAGAGGUCAACGCAAUCAUUAAUGAUGGGAAAUACCAUGUAGUACGUUUUACAAGAAGUGGUGGUAAUGCCACAUUACAGGUGGACGGCUGGCCAGUUAUAGAACGCUACCCAGCAGGAAACAAUGAUAACGAGCGCCUGGCGAUUGCUAGACAGCGAAUUCCAUAUCGGCUUGGUCGAGUAGUUGAUGAAUGGCUACUCGACAAAGGACGUCAGCUCACAAUCUUCAAUAGCCAAGCAACGAUAAAAAUUGGAGGCAAGGAGAGAGGUCAUCCAUUUCAGGGUCAGCUUUCUGGACUCUACUACAAUGGCUUGAAAGUUCUGAACAUGGCUGCUGAGAACGAUGCCAACAUAGUGAUAGAAGGGAAUGUGAGACUUGUUGGUGAAGUGCCUUCUAUGACAACUGAGUCAACCGCCACUGCAAUGCAGUCUGAGAUGUCCACAUCCGUCAUGGAAACCACCACCACUCUAGCUACAAGUACAGCUAGAAGAGGAAAGCCAACAACAAAAGAACCCAUUGGUCAGACCACGGAUGACAUCCUGGUGGCCUCCGCUGAAUGCCCCAGCGACGAUGAGGACAUUGAUCCCUGUGAGCCAAGCUCAGGUGGGUUAGCAAGCCCCACCAAGGCUGGAGGGAGAUACCCAAAUUCGGACGAGGUAGUCCGGGAAUCCAGCAGCACAACCGGCAUGGUGGUUGGCAUUGUGGCGGCUGCUGCUCUGUGCAUUCUCAUCCUCCUCUAUGCCAUGUACAAGUACAGAAACCGGGAUGAAGGUUCCUACCACGUUGACGAGAGUCGAAACUACAUCAGUAACUCAGCACAGUCCAAUGGGGCUGUGAUUAAGGAAAAGCAACCAAACAGCUCUAAAAGCUCCAGCAAAAAUAAGAAAAACAAGGAUAAGGAAUACUAUGUCUGAUCCCGAGCCGAAAGAACAAUUGUAUAGAAAUAGUCUUCAUUUUAUCUGAGACAUAAAAACAAAACUUAUUUACUUUACUUUUUAUGAAGCACAUACAAAGUUUAAAAAAAAUGGGAAAACAAGAACACAGGGAAUGCAAUCAGAAAGGAAAGACUUUUUUUAAAAAAAGGAAAGAAAAAAAUGAAAUAAGCAUUUCAUGCUCUUGUUUCGCUGAAACAGGAGUCAAUAAUCCCCUAAACAUCCACAGUGUUUUCAUUUACUCUGCCGUCUUUAUGUUGCUGGAAUGUUUCUGAAGACGAUGUUGGUACUGCACAUCCAUAAGGCAAGGAGCAUUACUACAAAGAACAUCACCCAGCACAACACGAAAUGUAACAAACUGCAACAACAAAAAUGAAAUAUCCCUCUCUCUCUCGUACACACAUACACACAAACAUACACACAAAAGAAGCUACCUACAAGUCUGGAUUUCGCCAAAGUGCUAGCACUUUCCUGAGGAGUAAAUUAGUCUUAAUACCCAAAAAGACUCUGCCGUCCUACACAAGCCCUCGUCAAGCAGACCUCGAAAGAUUUUGCCGCCCAGUACAAUGAAGCAAUGAUUGAAGCUGGGGAUUGAAGUGAAGUGCUGGCUUUUCUGAAUAAACCACAUUCUAAAAAAAAGAAAGAAAACACUUUUGGGAAAAAAAGCCCCUUUCUGGUUGUGAGGAAAAAAUAUAGCGGCCUUAUUUUCAAAAAAAUAACAAUAAACAGAAGAAGAGAAAUAUAAGGCUUAUUUUUCACACACCACUGACAAACAAACCUGAGGGCAUAGAUGCAAUCAUUGGGGAAAAAAUCAUGCACGCUUAAUAUGUUAUUACAUAUGUUUAUAUUAAAAAAAAUACAUCUAUAUGUGCUUUCUGGACUGUGAUAAGUGAUGUUUUCUAGCCUGUUGUAUAGAAAAUGCAAACUAUAUCUGCUCUUCAACCAUUUUUGGUAAACUCAAUGUUCUAAGUGUUGCUAGGUAUAGAACGUUUUACCACAUCUGGAGCAACCAACAUUUCUCUUUACUUUUGCAGCCAUGAGAAACUGCUACAAUGUUUCUCCCCCUCCUGCAACUGAUUCUUUUUCUGUACAUUUUUUUUCUUGGUUUGUUUUAAUUUACAGUGCAGUGAAUACACUAAGAGGGACGUGUAUGAAUGUAUAUAAGAGUCAGCUAAUUUUCUUCUUAACCUGUACAGCCUUUCUCUUUUGUUGCAGUUCAGUUAUAGUAGUUUGUAUGAAAGAAGUGGAUUUAGAAAGCAAAUAUAUAUAGAUAUAAACAUCAUACUUUUCUUCUCCAAUUGCCUGUCCACUCCCAGUAUACAUCAGCCAAAUUAAUUGAAAUGAUUUCUGCCACCCAACUAAACUUGACACAAAUGAAUUAAGUGACCUUUGCACUCCAGUUCAGAUCACAUCAUUGGCCAGUCUAGUUGGCCGCUCCCCAGGAAGUGAGGAAAAGGUCAAAUCCCUUGGGAUUCUUUAUACAUAUCUUUGUCACUGUGUAUUAUUUGCCCGGCAUUCAUAAUGUAUCCACUAAACUGGUGGUUGACAAAAUAAUUCAAGUCUGUCUUUUGAAUUACAUAAGUUCCUCUCACUGAGGCUUUCCCCAGUUAUUAAAAAAAUUGCGUUUGAAGCAUAAACUGCAUGCAAAAAUAGGAUUUCAAGUACACAUUUUGUUAUCUGAGGGAGUAUUCUGUGUUGUUUUCCUUUUUGAAAUUUUUUUUAAAUUCCACCUUGACUUUUCUUUUAAGAUAAGCCAGUUUGGUGGUUCAGUAAUUAACAUUUCUCUGCAUAGAUAUAAGUAUAAACAUUUAAUAUCUUUGGUUUAAAUAACAUGCUUAUGCUGUAAGCUAACAAUUAAAAGAAAAAUGAAAAGAUUGCUCCACCAAUUUCCCAGCAACAAGUAAUUGUGUGACACCUCACUUGCAGAGAGAUACAAAGGGAAUACAUUAGGCCAGUAGAAAGUAGUUCAGUAGAGAAUCAACCAUAGCUUGAAAGGCCUCCUGGGCUGGGGAGAAUGGUUCACACUUUACAGACAGGAAGAAGGAAUUUAAAAUUAGCUUUAACCAGCACGACACUGUAUCUUCUUGUGUGUUGUUUGCUGCCACUGAAACAAAAUGCUGGGAAUCAUGGGAGAGCUUAGUUUGCAGUACAGCAAUAUUUUAGAAACAUGUGCAAAACUGACAUAUUAUUGCCAUCUUUGGACACUGCCAAACAAUUUGAUCACACUAUAUGUCAAAGGGGUUAGGACUUGGAGGGGGGUGGGGGUGGGGGGGUGAUGUGAAUAAUUGAAGGAAGUGUCAGCAAAGCUACAUAAUCUAAAAAUAGUUUGCCCAAUCGCUCUCCUGCACCGUCUUCAUAAGUGACAUGGGGAGGCCAGCAAAGAGGUCUGUCUUUCACACACAAAACGAAACAAGCCGUCAGUGAGAAAUGCAUUUCCAUAACAGUCAGAAUACUUGGAAGGGGAGAGAUAUUCUGCUCUUUGGAGUUCUCCACUACAGCCACAGUCUGAGCCAACGGCAAGGUUCUCUUGUGGUUUCAUAUUGACUAUGUUAACUCGCCUAACUUGGCCACAUUGUUUUUCUGAGCAAUUAACAUGACUACCAAAAGGAGUAAGUAAUAGGGGAUUGCUAUUUCUAGAAAAGGUAAUUUAAAGCUGUUUUCUGGGGAAUUACUCCUGUUCUUCCUUGUUGAUUUUGUGACUUAAUAAUGAACAAAGAAGUGUUUGCAUUUAUCAGAUGUUACAGUAGCUAUAUUAAAACAUCUUUCUAUUUUCAAAACAUAACAAAUACUUUAAUCCCAUCUCUGUAAUGAUCUAAUUUGUUUGACUAAAGCUGAAAUCCUAUACACAUUUACUAGGGAGUGAGGCUCACUGAAUAAGUGAUACUUCUUCUGAAUAAAUAUGUUUAGGAUUGUGCUGUGAGAAGGCUUUGGUUGGGUUUUUUUAAUUACUGUAUUGUGUUGCCUUUUUUAACAAUACACUAAAAUGUGUGGAAUUAUUCAUUCCCAAGAUAUCAAAAAGAGGUCAGAAGCCCUUAACCUUAUAGUGCUUUCUGUGAUAGGUAUUUACAAUUUUUUUAUUUGUUGCAAGGCCAAUUUAUCCAUUAUUGGAAAUGCUAAGCAAGUGGAAUUUACCGUUUUGUUAAUAAAAUGUUUCUUAAUACAA